AACACGGGUCUGGUGAUUGCCGGUGUGGCAGGCGCGACGGCGCUCGUCAUCUCGGCUGCGGCCGUUCCGUUCGUGGCUCCAGCACUGCGUCGCGUCUGCAUUCCGUAUGUUCCAGCCACCACUGAACAGCUUGCAAACGUCUCCCGCGCACUAAACUUAGCUACAAAGAACUCAAAAGGCACCCUUAUUGAUCUAGGAUCCGGCGAUGGCCGUGUUGUUCUUCAAUGUGCCAAGGAAGGUUACAAAAGUACUGGAGUGGAGCUGAACUCAAUUCUCGUCGCCUAUUCGAAAUACCGUUCCAUAAAGGAGGGAUUGGGCAAAGAAGCUAGAUUCAUGCGAAAAAAUAUCUUCAAAACUGAUCUCAGUCCGUACGAAAUCGCAGUGAUCUUUGGAGCAGAAAGUUUGAUGGGAGAUUUGGUGCCGAAGCUGAGUGAGAUGCGAUCCAACACGAAUCUUCUCGCUUGUCGAUUCCCGCUACCGGAGAAUGAUGCGUGGAAAUUGGAGCAUCAAAUCGGAGAAGGCAUUGAUGCUGUAUGGGUUUACAAGAGAAAUUGA